AUGACGCAAACUUGGACCUUUCCGGGAGUUGCCGUUGUCACAGGAGCCGGUGGUACAGGCAUCGGUGCAGCCACAGCAAAAGCGUUUGCUUCGGCAGGAUGUGAAAGAAUCGCAAUCACGGAUCUCAAUUCUGCCUCUUUAGAUCAGACCCGGGAGGCUAUCCUCGCUUCCUACCCCCAGACGCGUCUUCUAAUCAAGGCGGGCGACAUAUCCGACGAGAGCUUUGUCGAGUCUUUCAUCAGUGAAGUAGUGGCUGCAUUUGGACGGCUGGAUUAUGCAGUCAAUUGCGCCGGAAUCCUAGGAGACGCCAUGCGAACGACCGAGACAUCAACGGCGGUAUUUGACCAUAUCAACAACAUCAACUAUCGGGGAGCUUGGUUCUGUUCUAGAGCAGAGUUGAGACAAAUGGUGGCACAAGAUCCCUUACCGAGCCAUGAUCCGAAUCGCGCUCCUCAGCGAGGGGCUAUUGUGAACGUUGCAAGUCAGCUGGGCAUAGUGGGACGCCCUAGUGCUCCUGCGUACUGUAGCUCCAAGGCUGCUGUCAUUGCGAUGACCCGCUCCGAUGCGAUCGACUAUUCUGCGGACGGCAUCCGUGUAAAUUGUGUUUGCCCGGGUGUAAUUGAGACCCCGAUGACAACGUACAGCGAGGAAAUUCGCGAGCACUUUCAGCCAGCAGUUGAAAUUGCCCCGAUGAAGAGAAUGGGGAAGCCGGAAGAGGUGGCUGAUUCCAUACUCUUCUUGUGUUCGACUCUUGCCUCUUUUGUGCAAGGGCAUGCGCUUGUUGUCGACGGAGGAUAUAUAAUCAACUGA